AAACUUAUAUUUGCACGGCAAAAGGUUCCCUGUUUGCCUGGCUACAAAAGCAACACUGUGGACGCUGCUGGCUAGGUGGGGUCGAAAAAAGCUCCGCACGCGGAGCGAUAACGCGUUGCAAUCGAACCCAGCAACCAGUUCAACAAUCCGCACCGGUUGCCUAAGUGUACAAUGAAAUAGUAAUUUUACUUAGAUCUUCACACAGGCAAACCGGAGAAAUCUCUGGACUGCUACCUAGGAUGCCCCUCUCUUUCUGAGUGCUGACACAUGCUAACUCGAAUCCUAAGUUUGUCUGAUCUCUAACUCUUCGUCAGCCUAGUAUAAUUGACCGAAGAUGCAUGAGACUUGCCAUGUUAUGUUCCAUCUCGUCUCGAUCACAUCACCGAAUGGGUGACGUAUUUCUUCAUCUGCCGUUUUGUGUCUAUGGACUUGCCACCCACAACUUAUAGCAGUGGGCAGCAAUCUUUAUUUUUUAUUCGUAAAGUGACGCAUCUUUAUACCGUACGAAACUUGUUCGACGGUUUCUCAAAUGUCACUUGUCAUUUUCGCGUCUUCUCCGUCUGUGUGUUGCUUGCUCGGUACGCGCUUUAAUUCACUCUGCUCGGUUUUGUCCUCUUCUAUACCGUCUUCAGCCACGUUCAUCUUAACUCAAGAUUGGCCGCGUCAAUUCUUCACCGUCCUUAUUAUCCGCGUGAUCAUUGCAACUCGCUUGGAUGGCCUUUGGUUCACUUUCUUUUUUACUAGCUGUCAGUGGUCACCGUUUGCUCACUGGAUGGACCGCCAUUGUACCAGGUGUCACUAGUGCAGACUCGUUAAAGCACAUUCCAUUCACUGACAUCUGUUCGAGCCAAUCCGUUUCGUCUUUAUUCGUGACCAUGCUGUGCUUCGUUCUCCAUAGCCCGAUCCAGUUAUGACUUGUCUGUCUGGCUCGUACAGUCGGGCUCAGCUGACAUCGGUUGUAAUUGGUGGUUGCCCUCCUUUCUGACUGCGCUGCAUCGGUUACAUUCAUACAAAGAAACAGUUAUCAUCACAGUUACGUGCCGUUUUUGGACCUCAUUGUGGUCUUUGCUGCCUCAGCCAUGCGCUCUUCUUGCCCGCGAGCUGGCUUUUUCGGCGUGUAUUAUAUGCUUAUGCUACGCCUAAGUGAGUGAAACCUUGUUGGCGUUUGAUCCUUGACAUGGCAGAAGAGAGUCCAGUUACCCCCUGUCUUCAUUCUACGUGGGAUUCUCAUGACCGUCUACAUCAGUGAUUGGAUUCCGUAUCACAUCAUACAGUCACGAAACUAUUGCCGUGUCUUCAGUUCUCAAGCACUGUGACUGAAAUUCAGAUUAUCGUCACUGUUUCAUUAGAUCCCAAUCAUCCCACUUUCUGUCACUCCAUUUUUGACUUAGACACAGUGGCGUAACAACUACUUUUGUCGCCCCGGGCAGUAGUACAAUUUUCGCCCUGACUGAGGGCAGAAUAGGCGCGUGAAGGCCACGCAAUCGGCUCAGGGUGAAGUGCACAUUAGUUUUCAAUGAAGUGGAUGAUCGUUUGCGACACGGAGGUAAAUGGGGUGAAAGUGACCACAAUGGUACAAGUAAAGGGAUCGCUGGGAAGCAAGUUUGCACAGGCUUGACACAUGGCGCAUAGGUGUUGUUAGUCAUGCAGAAUAACAUUAACAAUUUCAACCCUCAUCUUAUUUUGAAAUAUUGCUCUUUAUAUUUGGUAUCGAACAAUCAACGGCACUAAAAAUCCGCCACCUGUCACGUGCCGCCCGGGGCGGAUCGCCCCUAUUUAGACAUACAUAUUGCCUUUCACUAUUUUGAGUAUUGCGCUCGCGGACUUCACCUCGUUGAUUUUCGCUAACGAAUCCCAAUUUUGCUUUACUUUUAGACCUCUUGUGACGCCGUCGAUCUGAAGCUUCUUCAAGUGCAUUUGCCAUUUUCCUAAUGCAUCAGCCCCUUUCCAAUUUUUUAUCACUAUUGAAUAUUCCUCCAGUUGAUUUCGUUUUCUCUCUUUGCCUUAUGUGACUGUAUAGUGGUCCUAACAAUACUUUCCAUUUUUCCAGUAGUCUUUCAUGUCGCCUAAAUGUCAUUCUUCAUCCAUCUUCGCUGCACUUGUUUUCGAACUUUAUUUCGGUCCUUUCCUGCUGACUUCACUUCGAAUCUCCGAGCCUGGAAAUCGUUGAGUCUUAACUUGCGCCGCAAUGUUUCGAAAAGAUCUCUUGGUGCUGGUUGCGCUGCCCUCUUCAAUGUCACUUUGUUCCGACUAUCGUUUCGUCGGCAACUGUUUUUCACUGUGCUUUGCGAACCACUUGAGGAUACUGCUAUCCAUCUGGAAGCCCCCAGUCAAAUCACUUGGAAUUCUAUUGAUUUGAUCAAAGUUUUAUGGUUCGAAUGGUUUAAUCUGUCAUGUGCAGUGGUGGCCGUGUUACUCGCAGCUUUUAUGAACAUAUCUAUUCCUGUUUAUCUCGGGGAGUUUGUGAAUGUCCUUUCACAUUUCACAGUGGACGGUGCUGAAUUUAGGCAGCUUUAUUCCCCCACGCUUAUGCUGCUUACAACUUACAUCAUUCAGUCGCUUGCCACCUUCAGUUACAUUGCGCUCUUGGGUGCGGCUGGGGAACGAAUCGCCCGUAAUCUGAGGGAUGCGCUUUUCGUGAAACUUAUUUACCGCAAAAUGGCCUACUUCGACUCUCACAAUUCCGGAAAGCUCGUAGACAGCAUACUGUCUGACGUUCAGUCCUUCAAGAGCUCGUUCAAACAAGUCAUAUCUCACGGCCUGAGAGGUGUCACACAGAUUGUCGGCUCCGUGUACACGCUCUAUGUUAUUUCACCGACGCUAACUCUGGCCAUGUUGGUAUCGUUGCCUUGCGUGUUCCUUGUUGGGAGCCUAAUGGGUUCGGAACUCCGUCAUCUUAGCAAGGAAGCCCAACUACAGAGUUCACUGUUGGCAUGUGUCGCCGAAGAAUCAUUCACACACAUCCGUAGCGUGAAAUCCCUGGCCCUUGAAGAAGUUCAGCAUGAGCGCUUUUGUGCUGGUGAUGCGAGGCUGCUUCAAGUCAACACCAAAUUGGGCUGUGGCAUUGGUGUGUUUCAAGGGCUCUCUAAUCUAGCUUUGAACGGGAUAACACUUGGCGCGCUGUUGCUCGGUGGCCAUCUCGUUUUGCGGAACGAACUUACUCCGGGACACCUCAUGUCUUUCCUUGUGACCACGCAGACAGUGCAACGUUCACUGGCUCAAUUAUCCAUGCUAUACGGCCACGUUGUUCGCGGGAGUGUCGCGUUCACUAACAUUUUCAACUUGCUUCAUUCGUCCGGCGCUUCUGAUAUUUCAUCUCUGAACAGUGAGUCCCGUUUGUUGUUUGAGAAACUACUACGUCAGUGGUGUCAACCGCACCGUUCUCCAACUCUGCAGUUUGACGCAGUGUCCUUCAGUUAUCCAACUCGUCCCGAUGCUCCUGUGUUGGAUUCUCUCAACAUGUCUGUUCCAGCUGGCAAGGUGACUGCGCUUGUCGGGAAAUCUGGUGCAGGCAAAUCAACCAUCGUUUCGUUGUUGGAACGUUUUUAUGAGCCGUCUGGUGGAACAAUAUUGCUCGACGAUCAUGGGUUGCACGAGUUUCCCCUGUCGUUUCUACGGAGCCAGCUGAUCGGGUAUAUUAGUCAGGAACCACAAAUCUUCAACACAUCCAUUCGCGAGAACAUCCGUUUUGGCCGACCAUCGGCAACUGAUGACGAAGUGGUGGCUGCUGCACGUCUGGCGAACGCACAUGAAUUUAUAGUCAGCCAACUUCCACAGGGUUAUGACACUCCUGUUGGACAGGGCUCGGAUACCGUAGCCGGUCUGAGCGGUGGUCAACGACAAAGGAUUGCAAUCGCUCGCGCUAUCUUGAAGAAUGCUCCUAUUCUAAUAUUAGACGAAGCCACUUCGGCGUUAGACGCCGAAUCCGAGGCCCAAGUUCAAGAUGCGCUGAAAACUGUCAUGAAAGGGCGCACAGUGCUCGUGAUCGCUCAUCGUCUGAGCACUGUUCGUGAAGCAGACAACAUUCUGGUGAUGGACAGUGGCAAGAUUGUCGAGCAAGGAACACAUCGCGAACUGGUAGGUAAACGGGGCGUCUACUAUGAACUGGUGCAACGACAAGAAAGUGGCACGCUACCGCCUGUUUGA